CAGCAGUGACUAUGCUUGACUUUGGGACAAAUGCACGUGACUGUAGGGUAAAUGAACGUCCUUGAUGACGUUCCUUACAAAAACUGUGCCAAACAGCCGCACACUACUGGUACAUAUUUGAAUACAAUGUAUGAUUAAACUAAUGCAACGGUAUUCAUGUAAUGUCUGUCUGUCGCUCGAGUGUCGUUCGCGCACUUAUUGUGAAUUGUUAUAAAGCGACAUGAUUUUCAUCGGCCGACCGAUCCUUACAUACCUAUAUACAUACAUAUGUAUAUAGCACCUAGUCAAAGGUAGUACCGCCAACGGAACUGCAUAUGCAAUGGUCGCUGCAACGCCGCCAGCUUGCCGUGGUCAGUCUAUAAAUACGCGUCGAGACAAAAGUACAUACGAGCAAGAGACCGGUGAUACGCGACCAAUUUUGAAUACGACUACGUAUGUUGGUACCCAGAAGAAAAAGUUUUGAAUUAUUUGUCGCAGACGCCGUAACAUGUUGGUUAGCUGCCGUGCUAUUUUUAUAAACAAACUGAAUAAUUAAAAUAAUAAUGUAGUGCAAAAAACUACAUACUUACAUAGUUAUGUUAAGCAAGAUAAUCGAAAUUUUCAAACUGCGAAGCAUGGAAAAUCCAAAGACACACACACACGCAAAUCAACGAACUGGAUUUGUUUAGUGCUCUCAAGUACAUACAUACAUGUGUAUGUAAAUAAAUAGUGAGUUAGGGAGUUGGAAGUAAUUGAGUUGUAGCGCAAUGCCGCCACCAAAGAAGCCACCAAUCCACGUGCCGAAGAAGGCCAAUCCAAGUCUUGGCUACGAAGUGCUCAUCUACUUGAAUUCCUUCUAUUUUGGAAUGUUCGCCUGUUGCGAAUUGAGUAUGGGUCUGCUGAAGGCCAUUAAUCUUUCGUAUCCGAGUCACGUUCUGGCACGAGAUUCGGGUGUUUUGAUUGGUUUUUGCAUUUUAGAGACCGUUCGCAUCAUACUCGGGCGCAGAGGUUCACUAGCCGAAAAAAGUUGGCCAGUUAUUUUAUCGGUUUUCCUAACAGUUCCAUGCUUUCUCGGUGUCUCCUAUAUACUCCUUCUGCAAGAAUAUAAACUACGUCUGGAAUAUGUACUUUGCACAUUAGAGAUCGGUUUAUAUCUGACCGAAAUUUGGUAUGCAAUGCUAUUUGUUUUUUCACUAUGUCGUCCAGUAACUUAUGAAUAGGACUAACAAGGUUUAUAAACAUGUAAAUUAAGAAAAAAAUAAUAAUCAAUGAAAGUAUGUAUAAAUAUACAUUGUAUAUACGUAAAAUAAAAAAUAAAAUAGAAUCAAAGAAUUCAAUAUGUAUGUAAAAAAAAUGUGAAUAGAUGCAUACACUACAAUGCAACAAAAUACGAAAACAAAUAAAUGUAAAAAGAUGAAAAAUGAACAAAUCAUAGCAAUAUACAACAAAAGAAAUGAAUGAAGGAAAGGAGAUCAAAUAACAAAAUUAAAAAUUAAUGUUUAUAAAAUAAAAUGAAAAACAAUAAAUUAUGAAAUUAACAAAUUUUUAAUAUAUAUACAUAGUACAGUAAACAUAUGUAUAGUAUGUAUGUAUGUAAGCGAAUAACUGUAACGCCAAAGGAGUAUAAUUUAUAUACUAAAAGCGGAAAAUAUGGAAGAUGUGUUAACAAAAAAAUUAAUAGGCCCAAAUAUAAGACAACAAGAAAUACUUUUCAGACUUUUUAAGACAAUUUUUUUGUAAUACAAACAUACUUAUACUAAAUUAAGAGAAAAAAAA